AUGGCUCUAACAGCUGGCGAGAGCAAGGAGGAAGCUCUUGGACACAUUGCCGCGAUAGAUGUUGAAAAGGCCGAGAUUGGAAGCACAACUGAUACAUCGCUCGAUGUGCCCGUCAGCCACAUCAAGCUCGACAGGAACCGCUUUUCCAUCGCCGGCGCAGCGAAUUUAUCUCUCGACGAUGUCGAGGCCGUUGAUGUUCAGAUCCGGGGACUGGCCAUCUCCGUAGAUACGGCGCCUUCAUGGCUUGAUCCUGGUACAUAUCCCGAUUUAUUCUCCGCUGGAUUCAAGACUGCGCCUCGCAUUAAGACUUUGCUGCAUUCCGUCGAUGCGGACCUCAAGCCUGGGACUCUUACGGCCAUCAUCGGAGGCAGUGGUUCAGGAAAGACCACCCUGCUCAACAAUCUCGCGGAAAGGGUUGUCAGCUCGAGAUUGAGCCAACAAGGCCUGGCGGUAUUCAACGGGCAGCUCGGUGUGAACAGCGUAAGGCAUGCCUAUGUUAUGCAGCAGGAUAUCCUGCUGCCGACUUUGACGGUUCGAGAGACUUUAAGAUACUCGGCUGAUCUCCGACUGCCGUCGUCUACCAGCGCCGAAGACCGCGAGAGGAUCGUCGAGGAGGUUAUUCGCGAACUAGGCCUUAAAGAAUGCGCCAACACACGCAUAGGAAAUAGCCAGCACCGCGGUUGCUCUGGAGGCGAAAAGAGGCGUGUGAGCAUCGGAGUCCAGCUUUUGUCGAACCCAUCCGUGUUGUUUCUCGACGAACCCACCACCGGUCUGGAUGCAACAAGCGCCUUCCAACUCAUCAGGACCUUAAAAGCCUUAGCCCAGAAAGGCAGAAACAUCAUCACGACAAUCCACCAACCUCGAUCUGAAAUUUGGGACCUCUUCGACAACCUCAUCAUUCUAUCCAAGGGAAGCCCUGUCUUCUCUGGCCCCGUCUCCGAAUGUCUCCCCUGGUUCAAGGAUCUAGGCCAUCAGCUGCCUCCGUUUGUGAACCCAGCAGAAUUCGUUAUUGACAUUGCUGCCGUGGACAACCGUACCCCAGAACUAGAGGCAGAAACUUCCACUCGUCUCGAGAGCCUGAAAGCAGCAUGGAGGGUAGAGAGCGAAAGCCGCUUCCCGGCACUACAGGGCAUCGCCGAGAUGAGGCGAAACAAGCACUCAAAGGCAACGACCCAUGCCGGAUUCCUCCGCCAGGUACGCAUCUUGACAGAUCGUACCCUAAAGGUCACAUACCGAGAUCCCCUUGGCAUGACGGCGUCUAUUCUAGAAGCCAUCAUCAUGGGACUCGUGAUAGGCUACCUGUUCUACAAUGUCGGUCGCGAUCAGGCUGGCAUUAGAUCUAGAGAGGGUCUCUUGUACAUAUGCGUUGGCCUUCAGGGCUACUUGAUCCUGAUGUUUGAAACAUACCGCCUGACUAUUGAUAUGCCGACAUUUGAUCGUGAGUCUUCAGAGCACUGCGUCGAUGCCGUGCCAUACAUCUUAUCACGACGCCUGGCACGACUCGUUACGGAGGAUUUCCCUGUCCCUUUUCUUUUUUCUCUCAUUCUAUACUUCAUGGCUGGAUUUGAUCACAAUGCUUCCAAGUUCUUCACGUUCUUCAGUAUCAGCUUUGUCAACCAUUUUGCUUGCAUCAUGUGCGCAUUUACGUGUGUCGUGACAGUCAGACACUUCCCGGGUGCUAGUCUGAUUGCCAAUUUCGCUUUUACGCUGCAGAGCAUAGCGUGUGGUAUAUUCAUCCAAGUUGAUACUAUCCCAGUCUAUGUUCGAUGGCUGAAGUGGGUGACUUGGUCGUUUUACACCUUUGGAGCGUAUUGUGGAAAUGAGUUCCAAGGCAGCUUCUACGACUGUCCCGAGCCGGGUGGGCCAUCUAAUCCCGCAUGCCUUCAGUAUACAGGAGACUACAUCAUGUCCUCACUCGGAUUCCCCAGAAAUUGGAUUGCUCGCCCGAUUGUCUGCCUUGCGGCGUUUGUCAUCUUCUUCUUCAUCCUAUCGGCGAUUGGGUUGCACUAUAUCAAGGUCGAAAUGACUAUCGCUCGGCCAAGAGUCUCAGACACGGAUCUGUCAGCCGGAAAGGAAAAGAUGACUGCAAGGUCCAUUGCAGAGGUUCGCACCAUCGAUGUUGAGCUGGAGAAUUUCUCUCUCGAUCUUGAUAAAAGAGCUGCCAAUGGUAAAAAGCUGCCUCGAAAAACUAUUGUUAAGCCAAUUAAUGUGACUUUCCAGGCCGGUACCUUGAAUAUCAUCAUGGGUCCAUCUGGAAGCGGUAAAACAUCCCUUCUCAACUCAAUGGCGCUCCGGCUCCGCAACUCAAUAAGCACUCACUAUCGUCCAUCCGGCAAAAUGUCUUUUAACGGAGCAGUCCCGUCUUCGUCAGUUGUUCGAUCUGUCUGUUCCUAUGUCUGCCAGGAUGACGACGCUCUGUUACCCUCGUUGACUGUUCGCGAGACGUUGAGGUUUUCUGCCGCACUACGACUGCCCUCGUUUAUGAGCAAGGAAGAAAAGUAUCGUCGCGCCGAGGAGAUUCUCAUGAAAAUGGGAUUGAAGGAUUGCGCAGACAACUUGAUUGGUAACGAUUUAGUCAAGGGCAUCUCAGGAGGAGAAAAGCGGCGAGUGUCCAUCGCUGUGCAGAUCCUUACAGAUCCUCGCAUCCUUCUCCUGGAUGAGCCAACAUCUGGACUAGACGCCUUCACCGCGAACUCGAUCAUGGAAGUUCUUCAAGGACUUGCUCAAGAAGGAAGAACGUUAAUUCUUACCAUCCAUCAGCCUCGAUCAGACUUGUUCAAACACUUUGGCAAUGUUCUACUUCUUGCUCGCGGAGGUGCCCCGGCCUAUGCCGGUCGCGCCAAGGAUAUGCUCAAUUAUUUCAACAGACAGGGAUACCAAUGUCCACAACAUUCGAACCCGGCGGACUUUGCCUUGGAUAUGAUUACUGUUGACCUGCAACGAGAUGAUAGGGAAGCUGAGAGUAGAAAUAGGGUUGAAAAGCUCAUCGAGGAGUGGAAAGGAUGUUCGUCUGGAGGAGACAAGGAGCAGCAAUGGAAGAAGGAGGAAGGGUCAAGGCUUCCAGAGAUAACUGAAACUGACGAACUGGACGAAAAGCAAUCAUUUGAUGAUGGAGAUAUAGCAGUGGUGAACGACGACGGCGAGCCUAAGAUUCAGCCUGCCACCUCUCACAAGUCCUUCAACAAAGCCAAUCUUUCAACGCCAGCAGAACUAGGCGCUCUUGUCCAUAAGCGUGCUUCCCUCGCUACCGCAGUGCCUCUGCUUUUGCAUCGCGCCGUCAUCAACACGCGCAGGCAGCCUCAGCUCAUCAUGGCUCGCACAAUGCAAGUCGUAGGACUGGCCAUCAUCUUUGCCCUCUUCUUCGCACCACUGCAUCACGACUACUACGCGGUGCAGAAUUGGAUGGGCUUCAUACAGGAGGUCGGAGCCUUUUACUUUGUCGGUAUGCUGCAAAACGUGGCCAUCUAUCCCACCGAGCGAGACGUCUUUUACCGAGAGGAUGACGAUGGAGUAUACAGCGUGGAUGCAUUUCUGCUUUCCUACACAAUCCUCGAGGUCCCCUUUGAGAUUCUCAGCUGCCUUCUUUUCGGCAUCUUGAUGUGUCUCGCCGUCGGCCUUCCGAGGACGGCAACCAUGUACUUUGUCUCCGUCUUUGGCUGCUUCGGGAUAGUCUCCUGUGGCGAGAGUCUUGGAAUCAUGUUCAACACCAUCGUCAACCAUACCGGCUUCGCUGUCAACAUCAUGGGCAUGUUCCUCUCCAUUGCCACCGCCAUGGCCGGUGUGCUGUCCAUCAACGCCCCGAAGGCUUUCAAGGCGCUCAACUACCUCUCACCCAUCCGCUACGCAUCACGUUCAAUCGCCCCCUAUGCCUUGCGGGAUGAAACCUUCUACUGCAAGCCAGGGCAGCAGCUUGCAAAUGGUACAUGUCCAAUUACGACGGGCAAGCAGGUCCUCCGGCUGUAUGAUUUCGAUGACAAUCCGGUGGUGAAUGUAGCGGCUUUGGCUGGGUGCUUGGUUGUAUACCGACUGUUGGCUUGGCUCUUGUUGAGACUGGCGAGGACAAGAUGGGGCGGAUCAAAGAAGUAG